AUGCUGGAAGGGUGGAUGAUCAAGAUCAACAGUAACCCCAGCUUCUUUGGCAAAAACAUGAACCGUCGAUGGUUCAAAGUGGGUUUCGUGCCUGGGCCAGGCUCCGAGAAGAAGCUUGUAAUCUCCUACUCCACCAGCAAAACUGCUAAAGAUCCGCGCGGAUGGCUCUACGUCGAAGAUGUCAGCGGCAUCUAUUGCCGCCGGGUAGUGUCUUGCCUCAGGCUAGUUGCCUGGCCAAGAUCCAUUUCACUGAAGACAAAGACCCUCCUUGAAGAUAUCUCCUGGGCUUGCGACAUGUACCCACCACCGUCUGACUCCAAAGAACUCCAUAGGUUAACAGGUUCACAUGAUCAAGACCAUGACCGAGACCGAGAGCGUGACCGAGACCGAGAGCAUGAUCAAGACUAUGACCGAGACCGUCACCAAGACGUUGGCCGAGAGCGCGACCGAGAUCGUCACCAAGACCGUGACCGAGAGCGCUACCGAAACCGUGAUCGCCCACGUGAGCCCGUGGCCGCAGUCCGAGGGAUGAUUAUGACUCUAGGAAACGCCGCUCUCCGUCCCCAACGCAUCGCCGAUCGAGACGUGAAGAGCGGGAACAUUCGUCCUAGUGAACACGACGUCAGUGAUGACAGUCAAGAGGAAGAUGAGGACAGCCCUCGUCCCUCGACUAACAGCAGUACUCGCAGCGUACUCGUGGCUCAGAUCAAGUCUGGAUCAGGUCUUGAAGGCGGUAUGGCUCAAUGUAAGAACGUGAUGUCCGACAGCGAAGAAGAAGACGUUAAUUACGAGAAUAAACAAGCGGACCCACCAGAAGAAAGCCCUCGCGAGCCCUUGACGUCGUCAACCGAUCCAAUUGAUGACGAUUUUUCUCAUGAAAAGCUCGAGCAAAUGAUCCCGCAACGAAUGAAUCUUACAGAGCCGACAAAGCAUAAAAACUCUGAAUAUUUCGAUUCAGACGAAGAAGAGCAAGAGCAACCGCCGUCCAAAACUAAUACCAGACUCAGUGACAACAAGACUCCAGUUUCCAACGUCACAGCCGACAACAACUUCGUUCACGACGACUGGGACGCAGAAGAGGAACCGACAUCUCAACCAACAACCAAAGCUGCAUACUCGACUGCUCUGACUGGAGGCGUUGCUGCCGACGCAAACUUUGUGCAUGACGACUGGGACGACUGAGUUAACGUUAGUAACCCGUAAAGUAAGUUGAUUCUUACACAAAAUAUUUGUAAAGAGAAACUUUGCAAGAAAAAAACGUAAAAAUUAUUU